GCUUGGCCCCUUCUCUCUGUUGAUUGCCUCAGGGGAAGACGGAAGACCUGGAUGGAUCACAAUUUUGAGAGGCAGCAGCAUGGAGCCCCGAGCCCUGGAGCCUCCCUCUCCCACAGCUACCUGCUGGGGCACCCUGCCCGCCCCUCAAAGCUCCCUGGAGGGGUGUCUCCCCUCAUCCCUGUCCUCAGGAAAACCAUCCGUCUGGAUGCCUUUCCUCAAAGCCAUAUCCCACAGGCUUCCAGCAGACCAGGCCCUGGAGCCAGGGCCCGGGGUGUGCCCCUACAGGAGACCGUGCCCCGGAAGCUCAGCUCCAUCUCCUUAACGCUCCGUCAGAACAGCCAGGCAUGGCCCCUGGGUCCCCUACCUUCUCACUGGGAAGAGCUGCCCACCCCGGGCAAGGAGGCUGCCACCCAUGGAGGAGGUGGGCUGCCCAGCCCAGGCUCACAAUCGGUGACUCUAGUGCCGGGGAGCAGAGUCCACUCUGAGGGUCCAGGGAACCCAGGUCUGUCCAAACCCAGCAGGAUGCCCAUAGUGGAGAAGCCUCUGGUGAGUUCCUACCUGGCCCUACCGUUUCAAUCCCGGUUAGCCCGGAAAUCACCAGGCCCUGCAGGGCCAGGCUCGGUAGGUCAGAAGCAUUCUGUCCCAGGGACCGCCCAUGUGACUACCAGAGCUUCUCCAGGAAGAAGCAAGCCCCGGUCCAGGGGUAUCCCGAGACCCCGGCUGAAUCUCCAAAGGGACACUUCUACCAUGGGUCCUGCGACAGCCAUGGCUUUGGCUCCUCUGGACACAACCAGGCUAGGCACAGCCAGACGUUUAACCACAAUGGUCACGAACAGACCUAACUUGACUGCCCAUCCGGCCACACCAAGCACAUCCAGACUGGAUACAGGCAUAGAGUUGCCUGCUCUAGGUACCAAGCUGGACACAGCCAUGGACUUUGCUACAGCAGGCCCAACCAAGCCGGGCGUGGUCAUGGAUUUGGCAACCCCGGAGCCAGACAAGCUGGGCAGAGCCACAGCUACAGGAGGCCCAGCCAAGUCAGGUCUGACCACAGAGGUUACAGCCGUGGACUUGGUGGUACCAGACCCAGUCAAGCUGGGCCCAGCCAGGAGAGACACAGCCAGGGCUUUGGCUAGAGCAAAUACAGCCAAGCUGGACAGAACUACAGAUUCUGUGGCUUUGGACACAAGCAAGCUGGGCACAGCCAUGGGGGAGAUCACACUGGACAGAGUCAUUAACCUGACCAUAUCAGCCACGUACCCACUGAUGCCAAGCGGAAGCACAGCCCCAGCGUGGGACCAUGCUCUUACAGAUGCUGCCACAGACUGGCCCGCAGAGCCCCGCAUGCUGGACCGAGCCAGAGAAACCAAAGGGCUCCCAGAGGCCAGGACGGACGCAGCCAUGUCAGAGCUGGUGCCUGAGCCCAGGCCUAAGCCGGCAGUGCCCAUGAAACCCGUCAGCAUCAACUCAAACCUGCUGGGCUACAUCGGCAUUGACACCAUCAUUGAGCAGAUGCGCAAGAAGACCAUGAAGACUGGUUUCGACUUCAACAUCAUGGUGGUCGGUCAGAGCGGACUGGGCAAGUCAACGCUGGUCAACACGCUCUUCAAAUCCCAGGUGAGCCGAAAGGCCUCCAGCUGGAACCGGGAGGAAAAGAUUCCCAAGACGGUGGAGAUCAAAGCUGUUGGGCACGUGAUAGAGGAAGGCGGGGUCAAAAUGAAGCUGACCGUCAUCGACACCCCGGGCUUUGGAGACCAGAUCAACAAUGAAAACUGCUGGGAGCCCAUUGAGAAGUACAUCAAUGAACAGUAUGAGAAGUUCCUGAAGGAGGAGGUCAACAUCGCCAGGAAGAAACGCAUCCCGGACACUCGUGUCCAUUGCUGCCUCUAUUUCAUCUCCCCCACGGGGCACUCCUUGCGACCUCUCGAUCUGGAGUUCAUGAAGCACCUCAGCAAAGUUGUGAACAUCAUCCCGGUCAUUGCUAAGGCUGACACCAUGACCCUGGAGGAGAAGUCUGAAUUCAAGCAAAGGGUUCGAAAGGAGCUCGAAGUGAAUGGCAUUGAGUUCUACCCCCAGAAGGAAUUUGAUGAGGAUUUGGAGGACAAGACAGAGAAUGACAAAAUCCGGCAGGAGAGCAUGCCUUUCGCUGUGGUGGGAAGCGACAAGGAGUACCAAGUGAAUGGCAAGCGAGUCCUCGGCAGAAAAACUCCCUGGGGGAUCAUUGAAGUGGAAAACCUCAACCACUGUGAGUUUGCCCUGCUUCGAGACUUUGUCAUCAGGACCCACCUCCAGGAUCUCAAGGAAGUGACACACAACAUCCACUACGAGACCUACAGGGCCAAGCGGCUCAAUGACAAUGGAGGCCUCCCUCCGGGAGAAGGCCUCCUGGGCACUGUCCUUCCACCUGUGCCAGCCACCCCCUGCCCCACUGCUGAAUGAAGGCCAUUUCAAGCGCUGCUUCUCCCUCCAAUCCUCCCAGCUGUUAUUGCUGCAGGGCUAUGCCCUUUUUAGAGCUGUCCUUGCCCAGCCCACCACCACCACAGCCCCUCUCAGCUCUCAGCAGAUUGGAGGGCCCAGCUAUCUCUUUAGGACAGUUGCUUACCCCCUGUAUCCAAACCACCCCCCCCCCCAGUGGAAUGGGGUUCUCGCCAGCACGGCCCUCGUCCAUCGUCUGUGUCAGCCGGUCCCAACCCAUCCGUAGGGGGAAAGAACUCAUCAAGAGCUCCUUCUACCCUUGCAAACCCAUACCAGCUACUUGUAACCAUCUCUAAGGGGAAAUGGCAUUGCUCCCUGUCCAUUCAUCUGCAUGAGCUACUCUUGGCUUCCUUCAGGGGUCAAGAAAGCAACUUUUCUGCUUGUCAGAUUUGUUGAGGUCAGCCAUGUGAGCCCCAGUGUGGGACAAGGGUGUCUCCUUCAUUGCUUAAAGCUUAUUUCUAAUGAUGGGUCACUACAGAUGUGGGGGAGCCAGGCCUAGGGUCACUUUAAAAAAAUAGCCAUUUGUGGCUGGCCCCAGAGUUCAGCUUCAUGCCCUCCCCACCCUGUAACGCAGCCGCUUAGAAAGAGUGGUUUUCCUGAAGAGACGUUUCUGGAAUUGACUUCCUUACUCUCAAACUUAAAAAAAGAACGUAAACACAGACACGAAACUCCAGAAACCCAUGGGAUGUGAACUCUAGGAAGAAAAAAAAAAAUCACCCUUCUGUCCACUUAGCAAUAAGAGGGAUCUCUUCCCACCUACUCUGACUACUCCUGCCCCAACCUCCACCCUGCUAAUGUGAGUAAUGAAUUAGCCUGGCCACAGUUGGUCACUGUAGGCUAGUGGAAAAUACCCAGUGGAGGGCAAAGGCCCCCAUCAGAUGCAUGAAUGUUUGCGAAUGUUGGCUGCCACUGCCCCACAUACUGUGUCUGUAUGGGAUUCUCCCCGCCCCGCUCCCCCUUUUCCCCACUGUCUCCACCUGGACACUACUUUCUCAAAGGCUGGUGACUUGUGGGCCAUUCAUCCACAACUAAGUCCUGAUGGAGCAAGAGGCCCAAGCCUAGGGGAUGCAAGAACGACCCAUUUCUUAAAUGUUACCAGUCCCAGCCAACUUUUGGGUGACAUUAUGGUUAAAUUUCCCAAUUGAAAACAAGCCAACAGACCCUCAAACUGGUUGUGUAAAUGUUGCUAGACUUUAUGUGUUGUACAACUAAACAUUGCUGUUUGAACAAGAA